AUGGUUCCUGGGUUGGCAGAUAUAGGUAUCGGAGAAAUAGAGCUUAAUUAUGAUAGACGAGAGGCGGUAGACCUGACUUACCCUUACAUAAUAGACGACAUUACAUUCACGUCACCCCCACCUAAACUAUACCAAACAACAAUGAACAUAAGAUUCAGACAAUUGAGGACUUGGCUAAUGCACAGGAGUCCGGGUAUUUGCAGAUAUUGUCAACAGAUAUACCUCGAAACCAUCGGUUAUUUAAAAAUAAGACAUCUGAAUAUCACACAAGAAUUGGCAAAUAUUUAA